UUCUGACAGUUAAUCGCACCGCGAUACCGAGGCCGCUGCCCAAAGAGGUGGAGCUGGCGGUCGUCGCGGAGGAUUACGGCAAACCACCGGCGUCGGCCGUCUGCUCGGUCGUGGUGCGACUGAGCAGCCUGAAGAGCACCCUGCCAGGCAAGGAGUACAAGAUAACGGUGAAGGAAAAUUCGUCGAGGGGCACCACGCUGAUGAGACUGUCCGACGUGGACCUGUUGGACGGCAGCAUCGUUGCUGGCGACGACAGCGGGACGUUCGAAGUGUCCAGAGGAAAGUUGAUACUCUCCAAGGUGCUCGACAGAGAGACGAAAGACAAGUACGUUUUGCGGCUAGGCUCCAAGAACGAGAACAUGACGAUCGGCUCGCUGGUAGGAGACGAGCCCGUAACGGUGAUCAUCACGGUGGAAGACGUGAACGACAAUUACCCGCGUUUCUUGGAGGAGCUGCACCAGGUGUCCAUCAAGGAGAACGCUGGCCGCGGCACCAUCGUGGCCACUCUGCGAGCGAAGGACGACGAUUUGGCCGGGAGCCCGGCGGCCACUCUAGUAUACGAAAUCACAUCCGGAAACGACGCCGGUCUGUUCCGCGUGGAGAAGAGCACCGGCGCGGUCCUGGUGAACGCGACCCUGGACUGCGACCUCGAGCCGGAGAUCUACAACCUGGUGGUGAUGGCGUGCGACAGCGACCCGGUCUCUCCGCUGUGCGCGCUGGCGAGGUUGAGGAUCCGUCUGGAGGACGUCAACGACAAUUCCCCGAAAUUCCCGGUUUCGGAGUACCUAGAGUUCGUCGGCGAGAACGAGCCGAUCGGCACGACCGUCUUCUCCGCCCGCGCCUCGGACUUGGACCGCGGUAUCUUCGGUUCCCUUAACUACUCGAUCGUGUCCGCCGCGGCGACCGGUUUCUCCGAAAUCGACGACAGCUGGAAGCUGUUCGCGGUGGACGGCAAGUCCGGCACGGUGACCACGCGAGCCGUGUUCGACUACGAGAUGCUGAACCGGUACGCCUUCACUCUGCGCGCGACGGACGCGGGCGGAAGGACCGCCGCCGUUCCGGUUAGAGUGGAGAUCGAGUCCAGGGACGAGUUCUAUCCGCAAUUCACCGAGAGGAUGUACAGGUUCGGCAUCAAGAGCGGGGCUCAGGUGCUGCCUGGGACUGUGAUCGGUCAGGUGACCGCGACGGACCGCGACAAAGGUCCGGACGGCAGGCUGGUCUACCAGCUGACGUCCCAGCACCCGUACUUCAAGCUGAACCGCACCACGGGAGCGUUGAUCGUGAAACAGAAGCUGCUGCACAUCGACAUGGACGUCGAGGAGUCCUCGAGGCUGGUGGUCAGCGCCAGUUCCGGCAGGCAAGGUUCGCUGUCUAACAUGACGGUGGUGGAGAUCACGUUGACCGACGACACCGCGUUGUCCACUCCGACCGACGUAGGCUCCAACAUGGCCGUGGCCGCGACGGGAGGCCUGGCGGAUUGGGCUCUAGGCUUGCUGAUCGCGCUGCUGCUGCUGGUGGUCGCUUUCGGGGCCGUUUUCCUGUACCUUCACCUGCGGAACCGAAGGCACAAGAAACCGGGCACGAAGCCGGGCCUGAACGGGGAGAGCAACGCCACCGCGUCGAACAGUUACGUCGACCCGAGCGCUUUCGACACCAUUCCGAUCAGAAGCGUGGCCGGCGUCGGUACGGCAGGGAACGGGGGAUCCGGGAACGGUAACGGGGGUGGCGGCGCUGCCUCCUGUCAGUUCGCGCCUCCGAAGUACGACGAGAUACCGCCGUACGGUACUUCCGGCCAGUCCGGACAGCAACAGGCCACCUCCGAAUUGUCCGGCAGCGACCAGUCCGGCUCGUCCGGCCGCGGCUCCGCCGAGGACGACGGCGAGGACGAGGAGAUCCGAAUGAUCAACGAAGGCCAGCAGACCGGGGACUCCGCGAGCGACCUGUCGGUUCACAAUACUCAGGAAUACUUAGCCAGGUUAGGUAUCGUCGACCCGCCGGCCGGCACGCCGAGGCGACCUCCGGAGGCGCUGCCCCUGAACAGCUUGCACCUGUUCGAGGACGAGGCCGCCACCGAGGCCGACAUCGCCACGUUGAUCUACGGGAAAAUCGGCGAGCCGGGGAGACCGAUGUCGGGCUUGGAGGUGCCCGGCGGCCCGUCCAUGAACGGUUCCCUGAGCUCGAUCGUGCACAGCGAGGAGGAGCUCACGGGAUCGUACAACUGGGACUACCUCUUGGACUGGGGUCCUCACUAUCAACCGCUCGCCCACGUAUUUAGCGAAAUCGCCAGGCUAAAGGACGACGCGGCCAGCGUGCAGAGCGGAAACUCGGGCAGCAGCGGGAAAACCAAGUCUGUACAUAAAGCUCCGCCCCCUCCUUUGCUCACCUCCGUUGCUCCUAGAUCAUUGGCGGCCCCGGCGCUGGCCAGGGGCAUCCUCCCGCGGUCACCGAUCAGUCACGACGCGUCAACGUUCCCUUCCGCCGCCCUCAGCCCGAGUUUCUCGCCGUCCCUGUCGCCGCUCGCCACUAGAAGUCCUAGCAUCAGUCCUUUGGUGCCGCCCGCCACGCAAAGGUCCAGUCAAAGUGCCAAUAGAGGAAUUCCUGUUACCGACGCGGAACUCAGGAUCUGAGGAUCCUCGCUGGACAAUCGUCGCGUCGCGUAUUAGUAUUAGUCGCGUGAUACUUCGACGUCGGGGCCGGAAAUGAGUUCUAGGCCGGCGACGAGGGGAUCCGAAUCGGAUUGACGGAUCGCCGGAAGGAGAGAAGUGUUUUAGUGUAGAACUCGAGGACUGAUCGUCUGAUCCAGGUGCGCGAUGUGUAUAAAUUAGUGACUUUAAGUUGACUAACCUUCGGGGGAGACCUCGAGGGCGCCAAGGUGCAAAUUUUCUACGCCCCCUCGUCCCACGUGAUAAGCGAGCGCCUCCUCUUCGCGUGUAUUAAUUUUCAUUUGUAGAUAAUUCUCGUGUUCUCGCGCUAUGCAAGGUACUUGACGCGGUGGAGUGUACUUACGAUACGCAUCGACGAUGCGAACAGGAGGCGAUCGCGCGUUGAUUCCUGUAAGUUAACAUUAUUACGUCCCCCAAUCCUUUCUCUCUCACUCUCUCUCUCUCUCUUUCUCUCCCUCUCUCUUUAUUUUGUACG